UGCCAGUGCAGACGCAGCGCGGUGGGCGUAGAAACGAACGUUUCUCGGAGUUCAUACAUGACUUCCCGAUUAUCCGCACCCAAGUUGGGCUACUUCAAUUUGUGAUACGUUCCGCCCCGGUGAGCCGACAGAGAUGACGGAAAGCUCCGCCAACAAGCUACUCAACGGAGACGCUUGUCGUCGGACUUCGAGCGGUCAAAAAGCGAGCAAAAAUGGCUUCGUGAAGAACCACUGCCUGUUUCAACAGCCACAGAAGUAUCGUUGCCCCGGGGAGAAGAACCAACAUGGCGCACACAACUCGAGCCUGUACAAGAGGCCCUUUGUGGAAUCAUUUGAGCAGACUCCUCUACUGGUGGCCGUGCUUACCUACGUGGGCUACGGCAUCCUCACCAUCUUCGGCUACCUCCGGGACUUUCUCCGCCACUGGAACAUCGGGAAAUGCACCAUGGCCCGAGAGCGGGAAGAGCAAAAGGACUUUGUCCCACUCUAUCAAGACUUUGAGAACUUUUACACCAGGAACUUGUACAUGAGGAUCCGAGACAACUGGAACCGACCCAUCUGUAGCGUUCCCGGGGCAAAGAUGAACCUCGUGGAGCGAGUUUCCCCAGAUUACAACUGGACCUUCCAGCACACGGGCAACGUGGUGCAGGAUGUCAUCAACAUGGGCUCGUACAAUUACCUGGGCUUUGCCGAGAACACCGGGGCUUGUGCUGACGCUGCCGUUGAGGUCACACAAAAGUAUGGCGUGGGAGUGGGCAGCACUCGCUGCGAAUUAGGGAACCUCGACAUCCAUGAGGAGCUGGAGCAGUUGGUUGCCAGGUUCCUAGGGGUCGAGUCAGCUAUGACCUUCGGGAUGGGCUUUGCCACUAAUUCCAUGAACAUUCCUGCACUUACCGGCAAGGGGUGUCUCAUCCUAAGCGACGAGCUGAAUCAUGCGUCACUGGUGCUGGGUGCCCGUCUUUCCGGCUCAACAAUUCGGGUCUUCAAACACAACAACAUGCAAAGCCUUGAGAAACUCCUGCGAGACGCCAUCGUACACGGACAGCCGAGGACACAUCGGCCCUGGAGAAAAAUUCUCAUUUUGGUGGAGGGCAUUUACAGUAUGGAAGGUUCCAUCGUGCGUCUGCCGGAGGUCAUCGCCCUGAAGAAACGCUACAAGGCAUACGUGUACCUGGACGAGGCCCAUAGUAUCGGGGCCCUGGGGUCCAACGGCAAAGGCGUGGUGGACUACUUUGGCCUCGAUCCCACAGACGUGGACGUCAUGAUGGGAACGUUCACAAAAAGCUUUGGCGGCGCCGGGGGUUACAUCGGAGGCAGAAAGGAGCUGAUCGAUUACCUGCGGCAACAUUCUCACAGCGCCCUGUACGCCACCUCCAUGCCGCCACCCGUGGCCCAGCAAAUCAUCACCUCAAUGAAAAUCAUCAUGGGAGAAGAUGGCACCACACUGGGUGCCGACCGCCUCCGCCAGCUGUCAGAGAACACAACCUACUUCCGCAGGAAACUUUGCGAGAUGGGCGUCAUCAUCUAUGGCAACAGCGACUCUCCCGUCGUACCCGUGAUGCUCUACAUGCCCGCCAAAAUCGGGGCCUUCGGUCGAGAGAUGUUAAAGCGGAACAUCGGCACGGUGGUCGUCGGCUUCCCGGCGACGCCCAUCAUCGAAUCCCGAGCGCGCUUCUGCAUUUCGGCCGCGCACACCAGGGAAAUGCUCGACACGGUAUUGGAGGCCAUGAAUGAAGUGGGCGACCUGCUGCAGCUGAAGUACUCCAGACGUGAACGGGCUCCUCCUCCCAUCAGGUGGACUUCGGAGGAAAGCCAGCUUCAGGACUGAGCCACACAAAUGUUUCUGCACCCCAAUCCAUCCCUAUAGAUAUGUUUGUAUGCGUGUGUGCGCACGCAUACAAACUCAUACGCCAAUCUCAUAAAGCUCUCUUCCGGCUUUGCUGAUGCACCACUUCUCCAGACCUCUUCUCAGCACACUCCAAACCUCAAUGGACUCACCAGAGCUUAAGACAGCGGAUCGAAAAUGUAUGUCCACCCCUGGUCAAUUGCCAUAUUUGUGACAACAUUUUCAAAUCUGUUAGCCUGCUCGCCAAAAGGAGAAGACCAACAUCAUAUUCCGUGUCCGUACGGAAACUUUAAAGCCUUUGAUUUGCGACCUUGUGCCUGCAUCGAGACAGGAGCUUUUAUCCCUUGAGCACAUUGAAUGUGUUUGGUGCUUGCGCAAUAGUCACCCCGAUGCAUUUGAAAAGUAUGCCAUGAGACAUUAUUUGUGCACUUAAAAAAAAAAAAAAAAAAAACUAGAUGGGAACAGAGACGUGGUGUAUGUAAAUAAUUCUUCACAAAGUCGGUCUUGCUGCUCAGGUAGCAUUCCAAACCUCUCACAGAAGUGUGUUCUCCAUAUGGGUUAGACAUAUUAUCACAUGCAAGCACCCGCAAAAAAAAAGAUAAAUAACUUGGACCUCAACAGAGUGUAGAAUAUUAGCUUCUUUCCCUGACCAAAGCAAACACGCACCUAUAUAUAGAGACAUAGAUAUAUAUAUUUUCUAACUUUCUCUUCAAAUGUAAAAUCAUUAUUCCAAAAGAAAACAAUUACCAAGGGAAAAAAGAUCCCGGGAAGAAAAACGACAGAAUAUUUUUUACUGCUUCUUUUCUAGAGCUAUUUUGCAGCCUUAUUUACUGUUUACACCUGCUCCCAAAAAAACGUGAGUCCAUUGUUUUCUUGUUUCCCCGCCCCACCCCCGCCCCCUUCCCCUCGGUCACCCCCCUCUUUGUUGUGCGUUACAUUUGGCCAUGUCACAUUGUACAUUUGAACUGUAUGUAUGACGAUACUGCCCUCACACUUAUCUGAUAUACAGCUUUAUUUAUUGAAAACAUUUAUCUUCUCGUCCAGCUGUCCGUUUUUACGUGAGAAAAUUGUCGUGGUUAUCCGAAAGGCAGCUUCACAUGUAUCCCCAUGGGUGUGCAUAUUUGAAAUAACUGUUUAACAUUUCUUCUUCAGUGCUCGCACUACUGACAGGCAUUGUGAAUGCACAGAUGAUGUAGUCACUGAAAUAUGCAGGAGUUCUGCUUCAUGUGCUAGAUGUGUUCGUUUUGGGAGGUUUUUUUUUUCCCCCCCCAUGCCCCUUAACUGUGAUUGUUUUAAAGAACGGCAUUCCAAUUCGAUCCGCCUUCGCCGCACUGUCUUUGUUACGUCGCACUGUAUGCAUGGGGCCCGUCCCCAGACGUUCUGCUUAGGGGGUUUUACACGGGCCGUUUUAUUGAAUUAUCGAUGGGAUUCUGAGUCCAGUAAAGCCAAGCCAGCCUGACCAUUCUGGUCACAUCCAUCAUGCUGAUCUCACACAAGUCUAGGCCGGUUUUUGUAUCACUUUUUUUGUCACUUUUGUUUACUACACCUGUAGAACUUUUGUCUUGUAUGAUUGUCAUAUCAUGGAUCUGGUGCAUUUUCACCAGUCGACAUGUGCCGUUGGUGUGGCUGCUGCAGUUGUGAAACAGACCGUGUGUUACCAGUGAAAAAUGUCCUGUUGGCGUGCCGAGCGCUGCAGAAUGUUCAAUGUUUAUGGAGGAAAAGGCUUUUGCAAACAGCAACGUGUCUGUUCCUCAGAGCCAGGUUUCCCCCUCAGUCAAAUAGAGAAACGCAACCGGUUACACCUCUUCAAUCGAUGUUUUUUUUUUUUUUUUAAAUUUGGGGGGGGGGCAGCAACCACUCAUAUGAACUAACCUAUCGAGAUGAAUGAGAUGUUCCUUAUCUGUUACAUACUCCCAUGAAAUUGUAUGUGAUUUGAAUUUUAAACCAUUCUGUGCAGAGUGUAAAGCCAUGAUGUUUGUCGAUCAUGCUGUUCUAAACAGAUUAAAUCACUUCUUGGUAUAUCAA